GCUCAACACACAGAGCGGCAGAUCAAGGAGGACUUUGAGAAGCUUCACCAGUUUCUACAAGAUGAAGAGGCAGUCAGGAUAGCUGCACUGAGGGAGGAAGAGGAGCAGAAGAGUCAGAUGAUGAAGGAGAAGAUUGAGAAGAUGAGCAGAGAGAUCUAAUCUCUUUCAGACACAAUCAGAGCCAUAGAGGAGAAGAUGGGAUCUGAUGACAUCACAUUCCUGCAGAGCUACAAGAGCACAGUGGAAAGAGCCCAGUGCACACUGCAGGAUCCAGAGAGGGUUUCAGGAGCUCUGAUCAAUGUGGCAAAGCACCUGGGCAACCUGAAGUUCUGAGUCUGGGAGAAGAUGCAGGAGAUUGUUCAGUACACUCCUGUGACUCUGGAUCCCAACACUGCACACCCAAUACUCAUCCUGUCUGAGGAUCUGACCAGUGUGAGAUGUGGUGAUGAGAAGCAGCGGCUUCCUGAUAACCCAGAGAGAUUUGAUUACUAUGGCAAUGUCCUGGGCUCUGAGGGCUUUAACUCAGGGACUCACUGCUGGGAUGUGGAGGUUGGAGAGAACACAGUGUGGCAUGUGGGUGUGAAGGCAGAGUCGGCCCCGAGGAAGGGAGAGUAUGGGGAUGUGAGUGGAGAGUGGUGUGUGUAUUAUUAUGAUGGUGCAUAUAGAGCAGGUGCUCCCCCACAGCCCCCCACUCUCCUCACAGUGCAGCAGCAGAAACUCCAGAGGAUCAGAGUGCAGCUGGACUGGGACAGAGGAAAGGUCUCAUUCUCUGACCCUGAUAAUAACACACACCUACACACUUUCACACACACGUUCACUGGGAGAGUGUUUCCAUAUUUCUUUACUAUCAGAGAUGUUCCUCUGGUUAUCUUACCAGUGAAGGCCUCAGUAAGACUAGAGCAGCACAGUUUAUAGAAAGCAAAAAAGAAAGUAUGUAAACGAAACAAUACUGAUGUGAACAUCAAAAUGUAACGUUGUGCUAAUGCUCACCUCCAACCUCACCUCAUGUAACCUGUCUGCUUCAUCAUAGUACAAUUUGGUAGUGUGUGGUAGUGCAUGUGGUUGGAGAGUUGUGUUGUGUGGUAAUAUGUGUGAUCAGAGAGUGGUUGUGUGUGCACCUGUGUGUGCGUGCGCGUGCGCGUGUGUGUGUGCAUGUGUGGUGUGCAAUCCGAUAAUUGUGGUAUUGGACCAAAGUUAGUUUUAAAUGUGUGACAACCUAAUAAAUCAUUAACCAUCCCAA